CUUUACAGGUGUGGCAACGCUUCAGGCUAUAGGGCAGCCAUUUUUUUCACGCUUUGUAAAAAGUUUUUUUAAAAGCCGUGGAAACCGCAGAAAAGUCGAGAAAAUUGCUUUUCGCCAGUUUUAAACAAUUGUGUGGACCAACCAAAGUAUGCAAAACUAAACAUUGUGUGUGCGCGACGUGAGUGAACCAAGCAAUUGAACAUGGAAACCGUUGUUGCCUUCAACAAUGAGCUCUCCGGACUCUAUGACAGCCGACCGCCCAUUUCCAAGGCGAAGAUGGCCGCCAUCACCAAGUCGGCGAUGCGGGCCAUCAAGCUGUAUAAGCACGUCGUCCAGAGUGUGGAGAAGUUCAUCUUGAAGUGCAAGCCGGAGUACAAAGUACCCGGGCUGUAUGUAAUCGACUCGAUAGUGCGCCAAUCGCGCCACCAGUACGGCAUGGACAAGGAUCUGUUCGCGCCCCGAUUCCAGCGCAAUCUCACGGAGACCUUUGCCAACCUGUUCCGGUGCGCUCCGGAGGACAAGAGCCGCAUUAUCCGCGUGCUGAACCUGUGGCAAAAAAACAACGUCUUCAAGUCCGAGGUCAUCCAGCCGAUCUUUGACCUAGCCGACCCGAACCACCCCAUCUACCAUCAGAUGCCUCCGGUGGGUGGCAGUGGAGGACAGGGCGUCGGCGUGGGUCCAGGACCCAGCAGCAGCGGAGCUCUUAGCCUGGCGGACAUAUCGAGCGGUCCGAACGGUCUGAACAGCUCCGGAAUGGAAAUAAGCAUGAACAGCUCCGUGGGCGACGAUAAAAUGGGCGGUGCCAUGCCCGACUUGUCGCUGGGCCAUGAGAAGUUCGGUGGUGGCAGCAGCAGCUCCAAGCGUCACUACUCGGAGCAACACUACUCCAAACGCCAGUCGGUGGUCUCGUGCUCGUCCAAGACCAGCAAGUCACAUCAUCACAAACGGGAAUAUGUCAAGAGCUCGCACGACAUUGAAUACCAGGUGCGGGAGAUCAUCGAGGAAGAAGAUGACGGCCUGCAGAUGCUGAUGGCAGAUGAUCACCACUGCAUGGGCGACGACUCACCGCCCACUUCUUCAAACCUGUUAGACGAGAAGAAGAUCAAGCAGCUGCUAAACAAUCCCAAUGUGCUGCGGCAGCUCCAUACGCUGCAGAACUUCCAAAACUUGAAGCCGCAGGAGGAGAACCAGAAGCAUCGCUAUCAGGACGAGGCACUGCAGCAGCAUUUCCAGAACGUAAUGAAGGGAAAUGCUGGUAUGCCGCCGGGCAUGGGAAUGGGCAUGGGCAUGGGCAUGAACAUGAACGACAGCAUGGACCUCAACAAGGAUGUCGAGUUCAUAUCGGAGCAACAGACCAUAGAGGUGAUCAAUCUGGAUGGUGGCGAUUCCCGCAGCCCGACGCCCGACCGUGAUCGCUACAAGCGCAGUCGCCGGAACAGUCGCAGCCGCACGAGAUCUCCGCGAGGACGUGGCGCCGGUGGAGGCACGGGCAAUGAUCGACGUCGGCGUGGCUCUCGUUCCCGAUCGCGCAGCCGAUCUCCACGCUCUAGCCGGCGACGCGGAUCAAGGGACCGAGAUCGCAUGGAUCGUAGCAACCGGGACAAGGAGCGCGAUCGCGAGCACGAGCGUGAGCGGCGCAAGAAGGGAUUGCCGGACAUCAAAAAGGAACAUCUCAGUGUAUGCAGCACUACGCUGUGGGUGGGCCACCUGUCUAAGCUUGUUUACCAGGAGGAGCUGUCCGAUACCUUUGGCGAGUAUGGCGACAUAGUGAGCAUCGAUCAGAUUGUGCCGCGUGGAUGCGCUUUUAUUGUAAUGAACCGACGCCAGGACGCCCACAAGGCGAUGCAAGCUCUAAAGAACCACAAGCUGCAGGGACGCGCCAUCACGAUUUCAUGGGCCGCCGGCAAGGGUGUGAAAAGCAAGGAGUGGAAGGACUACUGGGACCUCGAACUGGGUGUAACUUACAUUCCUUGGUCCAAACUCAGUUCGGAUACGGACUUCGACGCCCUGGAGGAGGGUGGUAUGUUCGACGAAGACACUAUGCCCAUCCAAAUGAAGCAGAAGAUCAACCAGGCCAAGAAUGCUGCCAAGGAGCAUAAGGGUGCAUCCAUUGCGGAGGCAGCUGGUGCGCCAAGUGUGGGUGUUCCACCGCCAAAUCUGAUAUUUGGCAUCGAUACAACCCAACCACCACCGGUUGGUCCAGUCGGCCCAGUGGGUCCUCCACCUGGUCCGGGAGCCCCACCGCCUGGGCUCAUGGGUAUGGUUAGGGGACAAUUUCCGAUGGCCCCACCCAUGGGCAUUAAUAUGCCACCGCCCAUAAUGAUGCCGCCAACAAACAUGCCGCCACCGAUGAUGAUGCCAACGACCAACAUGCCUCCUCCAAUGAUGAUGCCGACAAUGAUUCCUCCUGGCUUUCCAGGCAUUGGGGGACCACCACAUCCUAUGGGCUUGCCACCAGGAGCUCCGUUUCCUCCGCCUGGAGCUGUGCCGCCACCCAUUCCCACCGGUGGGCAGAUGAGCAAUAGUGGCAACGUGAGCGAUGAUCAAAUGGACAUUGAAAUGGACGUGGAGGACGCCCCACCUCUGCCGCCGCAGCAAGCCAACUUUAAUCCGUCCCCCAGCAAUGUGGACCUAUCGCCGGCGGCCAUGGCCAACGAGAUGUUCCAGCAGCGGGACAGGGAGCGCGAUCGAGAUAAUAGGGAUCGCUCCCGGGGACCGGGCAACUCGCGCUGGGGCGGUCGAGAUGAUGUCGUUGAAGCGGCAGAACGCUGGCGCGCCGAAAAUGGUGGUGGUCCGGGAUCUGGACUCGGACCGAACGCAGCCUUUAACGAGGCACGUGCGCGCCUGAACCUAAAUCCCAUUGAGCACGGGAUGCCGAGACCGGACUUCAUGGAUUUUGAUAAUCGCGGUGGACCGGGUGGACCACGAGGAAUGGGACCGCGUGGAAACCACAACGGUGGCCCCGGAGGCGACUUUUUCCCGCCCAACAUGAAUCACAAUCGGUUCAAUCAGCCCACUAGCUUGAUGCAGAUGCGCAUCCCGCCGCCGGCCUCUUUCAACCAGCGCAUGGGUGGUCCAGCUGGUAACGGUGGCAACGGCGUUGGGCCCAUGUUUAUGCGCAACCAAGGAGGUGGACCAGGUGGUGGUGGACCCAGCGGUGGUGGACCCGGCGGUGGUGGACCCGGCGGCGGUGGCCCGGGCGGACGUCAGCAGGGACCAGGUUUCUUUAAUCCUCGGAACCCCUUCAAUGACAACCAACGAGGACGUGGAGGUCAAGGUGGAGGCGGAGGUCGCGGCGUGGGCGGAGGAGGAGGAGGUGGCGGUCCUGGAGGUCGCGGACGUUGGAGCGACGAUGAGGACGAGGGCGGAAACAACUUCAAGCGGCGUGGCGGUCCCGGUGGACCAGGCGGUAAUAGAUUCCGUGGCGAGCGUGGAGGCGAAAUGAUGGACGACCGUCGCGGCAACAAUUCACGGGGUGGACGCGGAGGGCCGCGAGAGGAUCGCGAACGUCCGGGCUUCGGAAACAGACGGGGCUCGCGAGAUGACAGCAACCGCCAUUCAAUAAGUUCGACGGAUGAAGGCAACAAGACGGCUUCGGAGACGGAACCCAAGCCCAAAAACGUUGAAACCGAAUUAGGUAGCACCAACACCGGUGCGCCAGCUGCGGGAACUAGAGUGGACACCGAGGAGGAUUGGGAUCAGGAGCUUCAAGACUAUGAGGCGAGAAUGGAGGCCCAAAAGCCAGGCGAACGAGCAUCUCAGUCUGCCAACAGUCCGCAGCAGGAAAAGCAGCCGGAGGAGAAUCAAAACUUCGCAAAGCCAGCCGACGUCACCGGCGAUCCUUUGGUUGCGAAAUCACAAACAGAAACUUCAGCCGCCUGCACGCCCCUUUAUGACGAGCUGCCACCGCCAGCAGUUCCACAGACACCAACUCAGCCCCCGAAAGAACCUCAAGGUUCUCCGCCCCGGCCGGCGCCGCAAGUCAUUGAAACCGAGGCUGCGCCCCAUGAGGAAUCGGUUCCAGCGCCGGCUGCUGAACUCCAAACGGAGGCUCCAUCCGCGGAGGAACCCCAAGCCCCAGCUGCUUCCGCCGAUGUCGAAGCCGAAGCUGAUCCCUAGGCGACAGACAGAUCAAAUGAGCAACAAACUUAUUAUUGAGCAAAUUCAAGAUAAAUUGUAAUUUAUGAUUUUCCUUAUCAACUUAAGUGUAACAUGCGAACAUUUUACCGUUUUUAACUUGAGAUUACGUAGCAUUUUUGACGAGGGGGGUGGGGGUUGAACCGGACGCUUUUAAAACCAGAUUCAGUUAAAUUCACUUAAUUUAAUUUGUCGUACAAUAGGAACCACAACUACCAAGGAAAACGUGGAGCAACCGAUACACACAGUUAUAGCAAAUAAUUAGCAAAGGAAACGGAUUGUAUGGACAGGAAAUUGACAGGGGAGCUUGUGGGGGAGUAGAAGCCCAAUCAUAAACAAAUCAGCAAUCGUAAAACUUGAAAUGUUUAUUAUUUUGUUAUGUAUUUAGUUUUAAGAGUAUAUUUAACACUCAAAUUGUUCUAAUGCGCAGAUUCUAGGUACACGCAUAUUAAUGUACAAUUCAAAUAUAUCUAUAUUAUCGGAUACUAUAAAAUAAAAAAUGAAAAACAUC